UUCAGCUAUUUACUUUCAUAAAAUUUGUUUUAUUUUAUCUGUGCACAAGUGCGCCCGUGUCAUUCUCGCGUCCUUACACGUUGCCAGUUUUUGAUUAUUUAUCGAAUCUUAUCAGAUUUUAUACAUUGUCCAGCUCUAUUUUUUACUUAAUUAAACCUAUCAGCAAUGUCGUCCCCUGAUGAAAGCUCCCAGCUUAAAGCGGGCCACCCACCUGCAGUAAAAGCUGGAGGAAUGAGAAUCACACAGCACAAGGUCCCUCAUACAAAAGAUAGCAAGGAACCCGCAAAUGAGGACUUAACUGGACUUGGGGGACCCUCUGCAGUGCCGUCCAACCCAGUAUCUAUUGCAGGAGCACCUAAUAGAGGUAACGCUGACUUUACUCCACAGGCUGCGCAGGUUGCUCAUAGUCCUAAGCCUGCAGCUCAUGUUAAUGUUAAGCCCAACACCAACAUCCAACAGCCAAGAAAGUAGUUUGGUUUGGAUGUUGGAAAACUCAUAUCAACGUCUUGAUAUAUACACAUAUGUAGGGUAAAAGAUAGAUAGUAAAUAAGUGUAGCUGGGCCACAUGGAUCAGUCCGGAGAAGCCAAUUAUGGGUUGUAAAGGACUUGCAGCACUGCUCAAGCUUUAAGUAGUUCACUUUUUUUGAGUAACUAUUGUCAAGAACAUGGGCCCUGGAAAUUUGUCUGAUGGUGUAAUUGUUUCGGUUACAUAUUUGGUUUCUAUCUUUCUCCUUAUGUGUGUGGAUCUAAGUUAGGUGUUUCUAUAUAAAUGUAUGACAUUGUAAACAGUAACAAACUAACCUUGCCAUAGCUCUUUGUAAUGUAACAAUUUUCUUGGUAUUUUAUUACCAGUGUCUAAUUAUUCAUUUAUAUUGUUGAUUAAGACAUCUUUCCAUAUGUCUAUUACUUUGAAGUCAGUGUUUAUGUUCUUAUGAAUCAAAAAUGUUUGUCAAACUAGUUUUUAGUAUUGUAAUUUUGAAUAUUGCUAUUAUCCACAUGAGAACUUUGUUCAUUUAUCCAUUUGAAUCAAUAAACUAUUGGAAUAUAUCAACAGUACUUCUAUAUUCACAGUUGUAUAAAUAAUCAUAUCUGUAACUAGAGUUUCAACUUAAAUUACUGUCCGUGCAGAAGGAAGAAACAUUAAUAUUAAGCUUUAAUUAAUUUAAAUUAAGGCUCAACACAAAAGCGUUAAGUUAUUUUCGUCUAGUAAUAAAAUGACGACAUCAAGAAAAAAAACAAUUUGGUAGGACUGCAGGUAAUAACUGUUUUUUCCGCUUCCCUGCCGUAUCACGUUUGACUAGUUAAAUUUUCCUCAAUAUACUUUUGUUUACUUCUCAUUUUUUGUUUAAAUAAAACACCUAACUUAUAUCAAUGUUUUACAACCUAGUGAUUAGUUUGAUAUAAUAAGAAUAAAAUAAUAUUUCCUUUAUGUAAGUCAAUAAAGUAUUUAUUGUCGUUUUUUGUGUAUUGAGAUUUGUUCCUCUUGUUUUAUUAAUCUAAUCAUUAAUGGGCUAUCCUAAUGAUAUAUUUGUCUAUGUUUUUUUUUUUAAUUAUAGAUAAAUUAUAAUCUACUUGCGCAUUACCGAUUUUAUUUAGUCGUAAACGACAGAUAUCGGCGCUGUAGUAUAUAUUUAACAAUUUAUUUUUAUCGUUUGUGCAAUUUAUUUGAGACUUAAAAAUUUAUAUAUUUUAUUUACAUUUAAUUUUUCUAUGUCACAGCUUCCUUAAAUUCAUCCAUCCUUAAAAUCCAGUUUACUUAUAUUAUAAGAGUUGUUGCAUCUUGAUUGGUAGUUUAAGGUUGCUAUGUAAUCGUUCUCACAUUGUAUCAAUUAUUUAAAUAUAUGAGGUAUGCAAGUGCAAGACUACAGAUAAGAUGAUAAUUAUUAUGUAUAUAGAAUAAUAAUACUUGAAAACAAUAAACAAUUGUGUCUUUUAUUAAACUAUAAUUUCGUUUCGCUAGUAUUAUUGAUACAUUAUACUUUAUGCAUAUUUUGUAAUAUUUGCAUCACGCUCUGUUAUCGUAUACUAUUUUUUUUUUAAUUUACAUUCCUUUAUGCAUUUUGUAGAAAAUAACUUGUGUAACUACUUUAUAGCGUUCGAUAUUCCGUUCGUCAUAACUUGAAGUACCGUGCCUUACAAAAUAUCUUUACAGCAUUACAAGUUACAACUGACGACAUAAACAGCACGCCAUACAAACCACUCGUCAAGUUAUAAUGAACGUAUAUUAGAAGAGGUAGUACACAGUGAAAUAAACAAAAAUUGAAAAUGAAACACAGUGAAAUUAUAUUGUAUUAGAAAAAUACGCUAUUUCAUUAGGGUAAAUCGGUGCUAAAAUGCUUAAACUGGUUGCAUUAUGUUAACAUUCCCACAUUGUUUCAAUAAUAUAAAAAGGUCUUAUUAUAUAAUAAACUUGAAUAAUAAUUACUAAAUUUGAUUGGUCGAAAUGUAUUGACAUUUGGGACCACACGUUUUUAGGUUUAUUUUUUUAUUUUUCUUUCAGUUUUAAAUAAAAUUAUGGAAAUACAUA